UUUGAUUUAAACCCUCACAACAACUCGCUUCCCUUGGUGUUUUAUAUAUAAAGGCAGACAAACUCUUUCAAAUGCCCUCAGUCACACAACUCCAUCGAUUACUUUGAUAGAUCAUAGUUUUCGGCUUUUUUUUUUUCUUGGUUCUUUAAUUUCAUUAUUCUUUUGUUUACUUCUUUGUUAUGGCUCGUUCAAGCCUUGUUUACGUGAUGGUGUUGGCAUUGCUUUUUGGUUUUGUUGCGGCGCAAUCUCCAUCUCAUGCCCCAGGCCAUUCUCCAACGAUUCCUCCGGAAAAUGCUCCAAUAUCUCAUGCGCCGUCGGUCCACCCACCGGCUCAUGCGCCAUCGGUCCACCCACCGGCUCAUGCGCCUUCACCAGUGAAGACUCCAACGCCUGCACCCUCUCCCGUCGUCCACUCCAUUACACCAUCAGUUGCUCCUACCCCAGCCUCCGUUAGCGCUGCCGUUUUCAACAGAUUUUCUACCGCUGGGUCCGUUGCAGUUGGUGUCUGCGCCGCCGUGUUGGUCAUUUAGUGGAUUUAUUUUUUGGGUUUCUUUUUUGAAGAGAGUUCAUCCUUGUGCGUGGUUGCCUUCAUUAGUAUUCUUCUUUUUAAUUCUUUUUGUGAGUGCUUGGGUUUUACAUACAGUCGAUUGUUUCAUAGUUUGACAUUGAUCGAUCUGCCAUUUCGGCAUGGCUUCAUCUUUCGUUUGUUAAAUAAUCAUUAUC